CUGUCUUUCAGGAUUUCUCUCUGGUUAGGCAGACAGUUCAGGACACAGAAUCUAAGGAUGAAUGUUCACCGUGGCAGUGAUAGCGACAGGUCAUUGCGGCAAGAGGCCAGUUGCCAAGUGGAUGAUACCUCAGGAGCAGCCCAAGAAAAAGAAACAAAUAACCCGACUUCCUCUGGUCCUCAUAAUCUGACUUAUCCCCUGGUUUCCAGGAACGAAGACCUUGCACUUGACUAUGCCUCUCAGCCAGCAAGUCUUCCAUUCCCUCACAUCAUGCCACUUCCCGAAGACAUCAAAGGCUCUUGCUUCCAGAGUGGGAAUAAAAGGAACCACGAACCCUUUAUUGCUCCAGAUAGAUUUGGAGGCAGCAUUGUGGGCUUUGGCAGUAACUCCCAUUCCCAAGCACCGGAGAAAGUGACACUUCUUGUAGACGGCACACGUUUCGUUGUAAAUCCACAGAUUUUCACUGCUCAUCCGGAUACUAUGUUGGGAAGGAUGUUUGGACCAGGAAGAGAGUACAACUUCACUCGGCCCAAUGAGAAGGGAGAGUAUGAGAUUGCAGAAGGAAUCAGUGCGACCGUAUUUCGCACGGUGCUGGAUUAUUACAAAACUGGUAUCAUCAACUGUCCUGAUGGCAUCUCUAUUCCAGACCUUAGAGAUACGUGCGAUUAUCUCUGCAUUAAUUUCGACUUCAACACUAUCCGAUGUCAAGACCUGAGUGCUUUACUGCAUGAACUGUCUAAUGACGGUGCUCACAAGCAAUUUGAUCACUACCUCGAAGAGCUGAUCCUGCCCAUCAUGGUGGGCUGUGCCAAGAAAGGGGAGCGAGAGUGCCACAUCGUUGUGCUGACGGACGAGGAUUCUGUGGACUGGGAUGAAGACCACCCCCCACCCAUGGGGGAAGAAUAUUCCCAAAUUCUUUAUAGCUCCAAGCUGUACAGAUUCUUCAAAUACAUUGAAAAUCGGGAUGUUGCAAAAACAGUGUUAAAAGAACGGGGCCUAAAAAACAUUCGUAUUGGGAUUGAAGGUUACCCUACCUGUAAGGAAAAAAUUAAGAGAAGACCUGGUGGCCGGUCUGAAGUCAUCUACAACUAUGUACAACGCCCCUUUAUCCAGAUGUCAUGGGAGAAGGAAGAAGGAAAGAGUCGCCAUGUGGAUUUCCAGUGUGUUCGAAGCAAAUCUCUCACUAAUCUGGUAGCUGCUGGAGAGGAUGUCUUGGAGGACCAGGAGAUCUUAAUGCAUCACCCACCCCAGGUGGAUGAACUUGACCGGCUAAAUGCCCCACUUUCUCAGAUGGCUUCUAACGACUUUCAGGAUUAGGGCCAGCUGCGGGUCCAGCCCUUGCCGGAGCUCUUCUCAGUUAGGCAUGCCUGCGGCCAGUUCUCCUUGUCCUCCCAUGGUCCGUCUCACCCUGAUAGGAGACAUGCUCUCCCCGUCCUUUCUCUUUCUCCCACAGUUAACAUGUGUUCUUUUCAGUAAGUCCAUGCUUCCGGCAAGGGAUGAAGAAGUACUCACUGGUAAUUAGCUACCAGCUUUGCAGCAGCCCUGGUCACUUGAAAAAUUUGGGUUUGGUGCUGUUCACUGAGUCUUUGCAUAACUGCAAAAGCAAGAAGGGAAAUCCAGAUUCCUGUUGCCUCGUACUUAGCAAAGCAGUCCUCAUCCUUUAUUCUUGGGUUUUGUUUUAUUUUCUUUGAUACAGGCAAAUUGCUUAGUAACAAAGGGACCAAACUUAAAAGGAGGCAAUCUCUAUCUUCUGACAGUAGGCACCAAUGGGAUGCUCAUUUGAGGUAAUGAGGAUGCCAUUCUUAGUGGUCGCUGUACCCAGGUUACAUCUGGAGCAAUCUUGUUCAAAAUGUCCAAAAGAAAGUCUUUAGAGAUUAAAUUGUUUUGUUUUUU